UGUUAGCCAUGGUCCAUAUCUCAUUAUGGCCGACAGAUGAUCGCUGAUGUUGGAGUGUUGUGGAGUUAUUCCUAUUCUGUGGAGGACUUUUGACAAGGUUGUUGUGGGAGAGAAAAGUGAUGGUGGAUUGAAGAACAUUUUAAGUUUAUCCGCAGACAUGUUCUAUUCUAUACAAAUUGGCGACACCGUGUUUACCGUGUUGAAGCGAUACCGCAAUCUACAGCUCAUCGGAUCUGGAGCGCAAGGAAUGGUUUGCUCUGCAUUAGACACUACAACAGGGGAGAAAGUUGCCAUCAAGAAGCUUAGCCGACCAUUUCAAAAUGUCACUCAUGCUAAACGAGCCUUCAGGGAACUUGUACUGUUAAAGAUGGUCAAUCACAAAAAUAUUAUUGGUCUCCUCAAUGUAUUUACGCCAGACAGAUCAUAUGAAGAGUUUCAAGAUCUAUAUCUAGUGACAGAGUUGAUGGAUGCAAGUUUAGUCCAAGUGAUUCAGAUGGAUUUGGACCAUGAGAGGCUCUCAUAUCUAAUGUACCAGAUGUUGUGUGGAGUUAAACACCUUCAUGAUGCAGGCAUCAUUCACAGAGACCUAAAGCCAAGUAAUAUUGUUGUGAAGUCAGAUUGUUCACUUAAGAUCCUUGACUUUGGCCUUGCACGUACAGCUGGUGCAGCAUUCAUGAUGACUCCUUAUGUCGUGACGCGGUACUACAGAGCGCCUGAGGUUAUUCUGGGUAUGGGUUACAGUGAGAACGUUGAUGUGUGGUCUAUUGGAUGCAUACUGGGUGAAAUGAUACGAGGAAGUGUCAUGUUUCCUGGAACAGAUCAUAUUGAUCAGUGGAAUAAAGUCACUGAACUCCUCGGCACGCCAUCAGAAUCCUUUCUUAACCAGUUGCAACCAUCGGUGAGGAUGUAUUGUGCUAGUCGACCCAAACAACCUGGAUUCAGUUUUGAAGCUCUCUUCCCAGAUGAUUUAUUUCCACCAGGAAACAAAGCUAAAGCUGAACAAUGUCGAGAUCUUCUCUCCAAGAUGCUGGUGGUUGACCGUUCUAAACGGAUCUCAGUGAUUGAAGCUUUGCAUCAUCCGUACAUACAUGUGUGGUAUGAAAGAAGUGAAGUGGAGUCGCCAAUACCGAAUAAAUACGAUCACGUUGUAGACGAGAAAGACCACACUGUGGAAGACUGGAAACGUACAAUUUACCAAGAAGUAAUCUCCUAUAACAGCGCAAACGACAUUCCAUCUCCUGUAGAUGGAAACGGUGAGAUCAACGCAUCGUCAUCCAGCUCAAGUAUUUCAUCAGGACUAGAAAGUUCCAAAAAGAAAGCUAAACGUAAAAAACGGGACGCGCAGUCGGGAAGUGGAACUUUAGGCUCAAGAAUCCGACAGAUGAUAAGAGGAGAUGAGUAUUAGGUCCCGGAUGGACAGAAGAUAAGAAAAAGAAUUCGUUAUUGAUUAUCACGAGCUGGAAGUGUUUAAGAAUCUGACCUCGUUGUGUUUGUGCACGUGCAUCAUUUGGAAAUUUGUCAGGACACAAAUGAACAGUUCUUGUGGUUCUGCUAAGUUACCAAGAAAAAAAAUAUCGCAUGUAAAUUAAAUCUUCCAGGUACAGGCUAAACCAGUAUCGUGAAGAAAAACAUAAUUAUAAGAAACUGGUUGAACCAGUUUAGGAUUCGUGUUUAAGAGAAACUUAGGUGCUUCGAUUAUAAGAAGUUAGCAAGAUAAACAGGAAAAAAAAUAAUAGGAAAAACUGCUAUAUAUGAGAAAAUACCAGCUAACCAAAGGACUACAUAUGGCUAGUUUAGUGGUUGUAAUUUAAUUGUCUUAGAGAAUUUCUAAACUUUUUUUCGAUUAUAUUGGAAUUGUUUUAGUCAGAGACGUUUAUUUUGGGUUUUCGUUAAGAUAUAUAAUUUAGACAAACGCGAGCUGAUUAUCUUUUCUUAUGUCAUAAAAACAUAGCUAAAAAAUUUGGACAUUACGGAAACAUUUUGAAAUUGCUUAAUGAACUUCGUAGCUUAGCUACUUUUUGUGUUGAAGUGAUUCUCUUGUGACUGUCGUAAACAAAGAAAACCAAAGUAGGGCAUUGCAGAUCUUUUAAACCAAUCACCGCUGGGGAGAAAAUGCAAUAAACCAAUCACAUUCCAGGGAAUGGCGUAGGCGGCAUCUAGCGCGGGAAAAUUUGCGCAAGCCAAUCACCAUUGCCUUUCUCUGAUUGGCUGACAAGAUAGUACCAUCACUGUGCCUGUUAUUUGAGUAUGUGGCUCUAAUAUCGUACCAGUCGGUCAUUGUUCCCAUCGUAAACGAGUCUUGAGGCAGAAUGAGUUCUAAGGGGUUCACUUUUAUAUGAAAGGUUUUGUACGAGGACAAAUGUGUUCCCUUUGGUCGAGCACGUAGCAAGAGGCUUGUAAACCAAGUGUCUAUUAUCGAAUUAGCCAUUACCGCUGGAUAAAAAGACUGAAGACGCAUCUGUAGAUUGUUACUCUCAGUUUGAAGUUAAAUAUUCAUAAAUACCAGGAUGAAAGUGCUGAAGCGUACACCAGGACGAGGCACGGAGUUGUAAAUAGUUGCUUGCGCUUCUUAUGAAGACUAACACUGUACAGAUGUAUCUUAAGUCAUUUCGUUAACGCCUUUGUUUUAACCGGAAAAUUAAUUAUUACAGAUCUCAGGAAACCACCCACUCAGGACCCGUCCACACUACGCGGGAGAAAUUUGAAAACGGAGUUUUCACUCUGAAAACGCAUCAAAUGUUUUCCGUCCACACUACGCCGGAGAACUUCGAAACCGCAACAAUCACCGGUCAUUUUGGAUUUGUAUUUGACGAAAACUUGGGCAGGGAUAUCACGUGAUUAUUAUUACGCCAUCGUUUUCGAAAAGCUCCGUGUUAAAAAUGUUUUCCCUCCACAUGGAAACGAAAAGUCCGCGUUUUCAAAUUCCUCCGGUUUGAAGAGCGUUUUCGAAAAGCUCCGUUUUCCUGACGGAUUGGUGUGGACGGUGAGCCUAACCGCAGAAUCAAAUUUUUGCGGUGUAGUGUGGACUGGGCCGAAGGGAAACACGAUUGUUUACGAUAGUCACUUGAACACUGCUGUACUGUUAUUUUUUAACGCUUGUAACUGUUACGGUUAUAUUAACGUAUUUAUUUUGAAUUACUGUUUCGUAAUUAUUAACAUUUUAAUUAGAGCAUCUUUCAUUAAACAA